CCUCUCACAUUUCACCACCCCUUUAUCCUUAUCUUCACUUCAUAGUUCUGCUCUUCUGGAAUCAGACAAAGAAGAGGGAUCAUAAUCAUAUACCUUUCUUGCACCUUGGUAAGGUGAGAGGAUAAGCAAAUAUGGCAUUUGCAGGAACAACACAGAAGUGCAUGGCUUGUGAGAAAACGGUUUAUCUAGUUGAUAAGUUGACUGCGGAUAACCGAGUGUACCAUAAAGCUUGCUUCAGAUGCCACCACUGCAAAGGAACCCUCAAGCUUAGCAACUACAACUCUUUUGAGGGAGUUCUUUACUGCAAGCCACACUUUGAUCAACUGUUCAAAAGAACUGGUAGCCUUGACAAAAGCUUCGAAGGGACACCAAAAAUAGCUAAACCAGAAAAAGCCAGCGAUAAUGAGAAACCGGCAGCAACCAAAGUCUCAAGUAUGUUUGGUGGAACCAGAGAUAAAUGUGCUGGUUGUCAGAAAACAGUGUAUCCCACUGAAAAGGUUACUGUGAAUGGAACACCUUAUCACAAAAGUUGUUUCAAAUGCACUCAUGGAGGGUGUGUUAUUAGUCCCUCUAAUUACAUUGCACAUGAUGGCAAACUAUACUGCAAACACCACCACAUCCAACUGAUCAAGGAGAAGGGCAAUUUAAGCCAGCUUGAAGGUGACCAUGAGAAGAGUGCAAUGCAAGAGAAAAACAACGGUGAAGUAGUUGAAGCUGAGAUAUGAAUUGAAAUGCUUGAGUUUUGACAAAAGAGUUCCUUCCUAAAGUUCCGUAUUUCUAUACCAUGUGUUUAUGAUAUCUCUCCUACUUUACCAUAGGGAGUCCACAAAGCACUUUGCUUUUGGAAAAUAUGGUAUUCCUUUUUUACUUUUUCGUGGUUGGGGUGUGUGGAAAUCCAUUGUUUGUUUUCUGUUGUUGUGAAGUUGUGGAUAUUAAAAUGAGACAUAAGGGCAUUUAAUUCUGAAUAUGUGAUUCAGAAACCAGUGCUACUGAAUUUCUUAAUACUCUCAUUGGAUUCCUAUUGCAUCAUAAUACCCAAUUUUAGUUUCCCAG